AUGAAACAAAAUUUAGAUGAUGAUGGUGAUGAUAUUGAUCCCUGUCAAUUCAUCAAAAACCUUGAUACUGGUGAUACAUAUAGUGUUAACAAUUUUGGAGAAUUGGACAUUGAAUAUUCACAAUAUACUACUGUAAAUGUGAAGAAAAACAGAUGGCAGAAUUUUUGGAAUAAAAUUGAAGAAAUCAAUGAAAAGCUAUAUGAUGCUUGUGAAAAAGGAGAAGAAGAUGUGGUUAACAUGCUUCUAAAGGACCAAAAAGAUCUAAAAUAAUAGGUUUAAUUGUAACUCAAAUCGACCACGAACAGCAUGAUUGGAGACGAUUAUUAGGAAUUUAUCGGACUUAUCAAUAUAGAUUGCAAAGGACUGGAUGAUUGGACUGCUCUUCAUCAUGCUAUCAAUAAUAGAAGAACAAAUAUAGUCCAACUGUUAUUGGAAGCAAAAGCGAAUCCUAAUUUAUGCACUCAAAUGAAAAGAGCACCUUUACAUUUGGCCUGUCUGAGAGGAUCCCUGGAAAUCGUUGAAUUACUAAUUUAGUAUAAGGUAAAUGUGAAUAGUUAAGACUCUGAUAAUAAUACUCCAUUGCAUAUCAGUGCUGAACUGAAUCAAAUCAAAAUUGUAGAAUUUCUAGUUGCAAAUGGUGCUGAUGCUUUGUUGAAGAAUUCCCAUUUAAAGACACCAUUUGACGUCACAAUGUCCAAUGAAGUAAGAGCAAUACUUCAAAGGUUUUAGCCUGAAAUAGGAGGAUAUUCAUAGAGAUCAUAAUUUGGGGGUUUUGUUGUCAAGAACUCUCGAUCUGAUCACAUUGAAAGAUUGUUGGGAAAAGUAAAUGAUUUAUAGAAAAUUGAAAUCUUAAAACAGAAUCAAUAAUAAUAAUAAUAAACUAAUAAUUUAGCAAUUCAAAUAGAACCAAUUGCAUCUGCUCCUUUUCAAGAAAUUAGUGUGAAUGUAUGUUCCCCUGAAGGUUACAUCUUUCACAAAUUGUUAGGUAAAGGAAGCUUUGGAGAAGUCUAUUAUGCGACCAGAAAAUCAGAUGGAGAAGGAUUCGCAAUCAAAACACUGUGUAAGGAAAGGGUAUUUUCAAAGAACCUAACUCGUUAUGCUCAAACUGAAAAGAAUGUACUAAGUGUAAUGAGACAUCCAUUUAUUGUGAGAUUGCAUGCUGCUUUUUAAAAUUCUUAAAAGUUGUUCAUGGUAUUGGAUUUCUGUCCAGGAGGAGAUCUAGGAUAAUUAUUAACAAAACAAGUUAAAUUGAGUGAAGAGAUUGCCAGAUUUUACAUUUGCGAAAUUAUCUUAGCAUUAGAAUCACUUCAUAAGAACUGCAUUAUUUUUAGAGAUUUGAAACCUGAUAAUGUUGUUUUGGAUUCUAAAGGUCAUGCUAGAUUAACAGACUUUGGAUUAUCUAAAGAAGGGAUUUAUGACAAUAUCACAAAGAGUUUUUGUGGAUCAAUUGCUUAUUUGUCACCUGAAGUACUUAUGAAAAAGGGACAUUCAAGAACUGUUGAUUGGUAUCUGGUUGGGGUUCUGUUAUACGAAAUGAUAGUCGGAUUGCCACCUUAUUACCAUUAAAAUAGGGAACAAUUGUUUGAGAAUAUUAAGAAGGGAGUUCUCAAAAUUCCAAAACACAUGAGUCAGGAUGCCAGAGAAUUGAUUAAAGGACUAUUAAUUAGAGAUCCUGCAUAAAGACUUGGAUCAAAGAAUGAUGCUGAAGAUUUAAAAAAACAUGCUUUUUUUAAGGAUGUUAAUUGGGAUAACAUCAUGAAUAAGGUUGAGGAUGGUCCGUUUAUUGAAAAGAAUAGAUCUAAGUAAUGGGAAAAGGAGGAAAUUGAUAUGAAAUUUGGAGAUCAGCCCUAAUCGAACCCUAGAUUGGAUGAUUGGUCAUUCAUUUAAUGA